ACCUGCUGCCUGGGUUACUGGGAGCAACACAGACGCCUCGAGUUACAGGCGCCCUCUCCCUGGCCCGGCCGGAGCGGAGCCGCCGCCAUGGAGCGCUCCCUGCACCGCGUCUCCCUCGGGAGCCGGCGCGCCCAGCCGGGCUUGUCCUUCUAUCUCACCACCUUUGGUCAGCUAAAGCUGUCCAUUGAUGCCCAGGCCCGGGUUCUGCUGCUCCACGUCAUAGAAGGCAAAGGCCUGAUGAGCAAGGAACCUGGCGUCUGUGAUUCCUACGUGAAGAUUUCUUUGAUCCCUGAGGAUAAUCGACUAUGCUGCCAGAAGACACAGACUGUUCCGGACUGCAGAGAUCCCAUCUUCCACGAGCACUUCUUCUUUCCUGUCCAAGAGGAAGACGAACAGAAGCGCCUCCUGGUCACUGUGUGGAACAGGGCAGGUGACUCCAGACAAAGUGGACUUAUCGGCUGCAUGAGCUUCGGGGUGAAGUCCCUCCUGACUCCGGACAAGGAGAUCAAUGGCUGGUACUACCUGCUGGGGGAGGCCCUGGGCCGGACCAAACACCUGAAGGUGGCCAGGCGGAGACUGCGGCCCCUGAGAGAACCGUUGUUGAGCAUGCCGGGAGGUGAGGAUGCUGAGAACGGGGAGAAACUCAAGAUCACCAUCCCGCGGGGGAAGGACGGCUUUGGCUUCACCAUCUGCUGCGACUCUCCGGUCCGAGUCCAGGCCGUGGAUUCCGGGGGCCCGGCUGAGCAGGCAGGGCUGCAGCAGCUGGACACGGUACUGCGGCUGAACGAGAGGCCCGUGGAGCACUGGAAAUGCGUGGAGCUGGCUCACGAGAUCCGGAGCUGCCCCAGCGAGAUCGUCCUGCUUGUAUGGCGCAUGGUCCCCCAGGUCAAGCCAGGGCCAGACGGAGGGGUCCUGCGACGGGCCUCCUGCAAGUCGACCCUCGACCUCCUGUCACCCCCCAAUAAGCGGGAGAAGAACUGCGCCCACGGGGCCCAGGCCCGGCCGGAGCAGCGCCACAGCUGCCACCUGGUGUGUGACAGCUCGGAUGGGCUGCUGCUCGGCGGCUGGGAGCGCUACACCGAGCUGACCAAGCGUGGGAGCCAGCACACCCUGCCCGCGCUGUCCCGCGCCACGGCCCCCACUGACCCCAACUACAUCAUCCUGGCCCCACUGAACCCUGGGAGCCAGCUGCUGCGGCCUGUGUACCAGGAGGACGCCAUCCCCGAGGAAUCAGGGAGUCCCAGUAAAGGGAAGUCUUACACGGGCCUGGGGAAGAAGUGUCGGCUGAUGAAGACGGUGCAGGCCAUGAAGGGCCGCGGGAACUACCAGAACUGCCCCGUCAUGAGGCCGCACACCCCGCACUCAAGCUAUGGCACCUACGCCACCCUGGCCCCCAAGGUCCUGGUGUUCCCCGUCUUUGUCCAGCCUUUAGAUCUCUGCAACCCCGCCCGGACCCUCCUGUUGUCGGAGGAGCUGCUGCUGUAUGAGGGGCGAAACAAGGCUGCCGAGGUGACACUGUUUGCCUACUCAGACCUGCUGCUCUUCACCAAGGAGGAUGAGCCGGGCCGCUGCAACGUCUUAAGGAACCCCCUCUACCUCCAGAGCGUGAAGCUGCAGGAAGGUUCUUCAGAAGACCUGAAAUUCUGUGUGCUGUAUCUCGCAGAGAAGGCAGAGUGCUUAUUCACUUUGGAAGCGCACUCGCAGGAGCAGAAGAAGAGAGUGUGCUGGUGCCUGUCGGAGAACAUUGCGAAGCAGCAGCAGCUGGCGACUCCAUCCCCCGACAGCAAGAAACUCCACCCUUAUGGCUCUCUCCAGCAGGAGAUGGGGCCGGCCAACUCAACCAAUGCUACCCAGGAUAGAAGCUUUACCUCAUCAGGACAGACUCUGAUUGGCUGAGCAAACCCAAGGGCGGGACUCUGCUUCUGGCAACUUAACCCUUUCUUGGGCAUCCCCUACCACAGAGUAACCUCACCUCAACUGGACCCAAAUCGGAGGACCAAGAUGUUGGGCCUAGGGUCAUCUGAAGGGAGUGGCCCCACGGGUUGUGUGGACUGGCGUCAGAAGGACCACAGUGGUGUCAGAGGCCCUGUGGGCAGAUGCAGACUGCAUCCAAAAGUCCCAAGUGGAGAAGAACCAGAAGCUUAUUCCCUGCAGGGAAGAAGGAGGUGAAAUAGCAUGUGGGCUUCCGGUGGUUCCAGCACCUGCCUUGAGGGCAGGGGGAGAGGUCGGGAGAGGUCAGCGCUGACGGAGAACAAUGCCAAAAUGCCCCGCUGCCAGAAGAUAUCUCCACCGCGUCACUCAUUUGUCAUCUGUACUCAAGCAUUCAUCCCUUCACUCUUCGGAUAUUUUGAGGGCAUGCGCUUUAUGCCAGACUCUGUGCUAGGAGCCUGAGAUAACUAUGGAGGGUGAGGUGGACGUGGUCUCUGCUCUCAUCUUAGUAGAGGAGUGAGCAUUACGUAAAGGUUAACACACACACACACUCGCACACGUGGUUAUGAACUGAGAUAAUCUAUGAAGGGAAAGAAAGGAUUCUUUCAAGAGUGAAUGUUGUGUAGAUGGCUAUAGGGGUGGGGGAGGGGCAGGGGACAAGCCUGACUUUGAAGCCACGACCUGCAGGCCAGAAAGGAGUUAGCCAGUCAGGGACUCUGGAAGGAAUGUUCCCAGCAGACCGGAACAGCUUGUGAAGAGUGCCUGAGAUAGGGUAGGGGUGCGGCGUGCUGGAAGGAUGGAGGCCAGGCCACUGGAGCUUGAGUUUAGUGAGGAGGAAAGACCACUGGGUAGGGACCAAGUGGUUCGGGACUGUGGUGGUUCGUAUUAUCCUGAGAGUUCAGGUCUGGGCACAGUGGGAAGCCACUGAAAGCUUUUGAGAAAGGGAGUCACAGGGUCUCGGGGACCAUUUCUGGUAGAACCCAAGUUGGGGAGUUCCUUAAGUCCUCCAGAUGAGGGGCGAUGGCGACCUGUCCUGGAGGGGCGCUGGGAAGGUCAUUAUGUGCGUGUCCAGACCCUGGGGGUAGCGGAGGCUCAGAUAAGAGUCUCCUGUGCUCCGCCUGUCUCACCCUCCACCAUGUCUGACUUUCAGUGGAUGCAAGCCAGGGCGAGGCCGUCCUCACAGAGCUCCCUCCUAGUGAAGCCUGGGUGGGGACCAGGGCCGAGUAUUGAGAAUGUCCCCGGGAGCUGGGAGUACUGGGGCUUCUCCAGGCCUCAGCAGCGGUGGCCUGUGCUGUCUGUCCAUCCGAUGCUAAAUGGGCUGAUAGGAAACUGGAAUUCAGCCCCUGGGAAGCUGACUGGGCUUGCUUUCCACGGAGCUCCCGAGACUCAGGGACCAGGGCUAAGUGUGGCUUAGCACCUCUAGGGGAGACCUGUCCGGCUGUGAGGCUUAUUGGUGACCUACCAGGGGACAGUGGUGAGAGGCCAGUGUGGGGCAGCUUUCACGUCCUUCUGUCCAGACAAAACUCACACACAAAGGGCAUGUGUAGGAGCAGGGCCUUUUGCCUAGAAAGGAGGUCAGAGAGGCGGGGCUUCAGUUUAGGGAAGUUCCCUUGAACACUCGGCGUUGUGUCCUGUAAGAUCCUCUCUGUGUUCUAAGAGGAGCCUUGUGCCCUGCUGAAUUUGCUCAGCUGCUUUGGCUACCUGAACCUCAAGAAGGGUCGUCCAAUAGAGAAUUCUUCCCUUAGCCUUCCACAGAUGGCCCUUCCUCCCAGCCUAGGAAAGAUCAGACAUGUGGUAGCAGUAAUCUAACAGGGGAUCAGCCCGGUGCCCUACCCAGCAGGGGAGUAGCCAGCCAGAGUGGGAUAAGCAGUGUCUAUCAGCUGAGACUCCGCCUGCAGGGUUAAUUCUGAGAGGCUAAACAGCUGGGUCUGCACAGACAGCAAGCCGCAUCAUGUUUUCAUUUGAUUCCCUUACAAAAUGACAUUAAGGGGAGAGUGAGGCCCAGGAGAAUCGCCUGUCUGGAAAGGCAGCCAGCUUUUCUCUUCUGGACCUGGGGACCUACCUCUGCCCACCACACAGGUGCAGAGGUUGGGAGCUCUGGUGGCAGGGCAACAGAGACACUAAGUGCGGUGCCUGGCCCUGGGGAUGGCGCUUUCCUUCGCUUGUCCCCACAAGCUGCUGCUGGGGAUGCAGCCGUCAGCUCCUGGAGGGCCCUGUCUUCCCGCUGACUGUGGUGCGCCACAGCGCCGUUGCUGCUCUGCCUUUCAAAUCGAUGAGACAAUUAAUUUGGCUCGAAGGGCUCGAGAAGAUGAAAUACGACCGGGUGGCCAUUGCUUCUCAGCAGCCCGGUCCAUCCCCAGCCGUCCAGGAUGAUGAAUGCAGCGAAAUUGCCUUCGAGAGCCAUAAUCACGGGAAACAAGGCCGAGCCCCUCCCUCCACACAAAUCACUCUAAGAAGCUCACACAAUGGUCUCUUUCCUGAUGGCCCAAUUGUCUUGCUGUGUGUCUGGGGACCUUCGAGCUGGGAGCACAGGAGCACAACCAUUUAUUGUUGAAAAGGCCAUCUGUGCGAUUUGAAUACAAAGUGACUCUUUAAAUUCCCCACCCCACCCCCUGCACAUCCUUUGAUCCCAUUUUCUUGUUUUCUUUAUAGUCUCAUGUUCUGGGUCUGUUGAAACUCCCAGUCUCUGCUGCCUGGGUCCUUUGGCAGUUUGGGAAUUGGGACCUGUUGGAAAUAAUGAAGACAUUUAUUUAUGUAUGA